AUGAUAGAUUAUUUUAAAGCAUUUGAAGAGGAAUAUAUUCCUAUUGAUGUUUAAAAGGGUAUAUAGUUCAUUGGUGAAGAAUUGUUUCCUUUGUAUUUAGAAAAUUAUAGGUCUGUAUAAUUUGAUUUAGAUUACGAAAGAGUUUAUGAAGGCCUUCUUAAUGAAGACUAUAAAAUUUUAAAUUUAGGAGCUUGUUGUAUAAAAUCGACAAUGAAGUAUCUAUAUCCUUUCGUAUUAUAUGAGGUUUCUAAAUAAUUGUAAAUGUUUAUUAGAGAAAGAAUACCAGAUUAGUAUGGAAAAAUAAUACUGCCUUUCACUGAAGAGGAUAAAUAAAGAGUGUACAAAGAUUCUAUUUUUAUUUUAACAGAAUUGACAGCUUUUUAAAGAUAUUUUAGUAAAAAUAACCCUAAUUUCUAAGAUAAGUACAGUUUUGAAAGCGCCAAGAAAAUUAUUGAUGACUGUUAUAAAGUUUACUUUAACCGUUUCUCGAUUCCUUUUAAUGAUGAAUAAAAUAUGAAUAUCAAUAGCAAUAAUAAUAAUAACAACAACAACAAUAAUAUAAGCAAAAAUCUAGAAUAGCAAGGUAGCCAGACAGAUAAAUUAUAAAAAUCAUCAUAGCAAGUGGCUUCAGUAGGUAAUGACAAUUCCUUGGCUAUUAAAGAAUUUUCAAUAAAAAAAGGUAUUAAAGAUAAACAUGAAUAGAAUAAAAAUACAUAAUCAGAAACAGCUGCACCAAUAAAUGAAGAAAAUAGCACUAUUGUUGCAGAUCCUUAAGAAAAAAAAGAAAAAGGAUUAGGUAUUUAUGGAAUUAAGUUAGAGUAACAAGAGAAUUAUUAGCCAUGCUGCAAUGCUUGUGAUAUUUUCUGA